GUUGCCCGGAGAACCCGCGACAACAAAAGGCCGGAGCGGCGGUGGGGGCGGCGGCGGCCUGGAGGAGCGAAGCUGGGUAGUCCUGCGCUGUGCUCGCCGCCGGAGACCGGGGCUUUCUCGAGCUGGAGUCCAGAUCUUACAUAAAAUGGAUAAUUCUCACAGUAGAUACUGAAUAUUAAGUAGAAAGUUAUUUAGUAAAAUCUAAGCUGCUAUGGAAGAAAUACCAGUAAAAGUUGCUGUAAGAAUCCGACCUCUGCUGUGCAAAGAAGUUCUUCAUAAUCAUCAAGCUUGUGUGAGAGUUAUUCCAAACACCCAGCAAAUUAUCAUUGGGAGAGAUAGAGUCUUUACUUUUGAUUUUGUUUUUGGCAAAAAUUCCACUCAAGAUGAAGUUUAUAAUACAUGUAUAAAGCCACUAGUAUUGUCUCUCAUUGAGGGCUAUAAUGCAACUGUUUUUGCCUACGGACAAACUGGAUCUGGGAAGACCUACACCAUUGGAGGAGGCCAUGUUGCUUCAGUUGUGGAAGGACAAAAGGGUAUCAUUCCUCGAGCUAUCCAAGAAAUAUUUCAAAACAUCUCUGAGAACCCUAGCAUUGAUUUUAGUAUUAAAGUGUCUUAUAUCGAAGUAUAUAAGGAAGACCUAAGAGAUCUUCUAGAAUUGGAAACAUCAAUGAAGGAUCUUCAUAUUCGAGAAGACGAAAAAGGAAACACAGUGAUUGUUGGGGCCAAAGAAUGCCAGGUGGAGAGCGCAGAUGAGGUGAUGAGUCUCCUGGAGAUGGGGAAUGCAGCCAGGCGUACAGGGACCACGCAAAUGAACGAGCACUCCAGUAGAUCACAUGCGAUUUUUACAAUCAGCAUCUGUCAAGUGGAGAAAAACAGAGAGGCAGGUGAAGACGGAUUGUGGUACUCCCAUCGGCAGAUUGUCUCAAAGUUCCACUUUGUGGACUUGGCUGGCUCCGAAAGAGUAACCAAAACAGGGAAUACUGGCGAACGGUUCAAAGAAUCCAUUCAGAUCAACAGCGGGUUGCUGGCUUUAGGCAACGUCAUCAGCGCUCUCGGGGACCCCCGCAGGAAGAGUUCACAUAUUCCAUAUAGGGACGCGAAAAUUACCCGGCUUCUGAAAGAUUCCCUGGGAGGCAGCGCCAAGACUGUCAUGAUCACUUGUGUCAGCCCAUCCUCCUCAGAUUUUGAUGAGUCCUUAAAUUCCCUCAAAUAUGCCAACCGAGCCCGCAACAUUAGAAACAAGCCCACCUUAAACUUCAGCCCCGAGUCAGACCGAAUGGACGAAAUGGAGUUUGAAAUCAAGUUGCUUCGAGAAGCUUUGCAAAGCCAACAGGCUAGCAUCAGCCAAACCAGCCAGAUCCAUCCAGAGGAGACUCCCGAGAGAAACAGGAUCCAUUCUCUGGAGGAGCAGGUGGCCCAGCUGCAAGGCGAAUGUCUGAGUUACCAGAACUGCGUGGAGGAGGCCGUUACCUUCCUGGUGGACCUAAAGGAGGCCGUCCAACUGAACCCAAAGCAGCUGCACAAACUGCAGGAGUGGCUGAACAUGACUCAGGAGGUCAAGAAGGCGGUGUUCACCUUCUUCAGAGGGAGCCACGGCCUCGGCAGCCUGGGAGAAGGGCCUCAGCACGUUACGGUCCUCCAGCUGAAGCGAGAGCUGAAGAAAUGCCAGUGUGCGCUGGCUGCUGAUGAAGUUGUGUUUCAUCAGAGAGAACUGGAGGUGAAGGAACUAAAGAACCAAGUGCAAAUGAUGGUCCAGGAAAACAAAGGCCACGUGGUAUCUUUGAAAGAAGCACAGAAAGUGAAUAGAUUACAGAAUGAAAAAAUAAUAGAACAACAACUUCUUGUGGAUCAACUGAGCGAAGAACUAUCAAAACUUAACCUGUCAAUGACCUCUUCAGCUACGGAACCUUGUGGAGAUGGACCAGACACCAGGACAGCCACGAAGAGGCCAUGCACUGUACCCUUUGAUUCUCGUCUGGGACAUUACAUUUAUAUUCCAGCCAGACCAGGUUCCAGGAAGGUCUACACAAGCGCUUCUGUGUACUCUCUGGAUCGAGUAGUUGCCGGAUUUCGAACACGGAGUCAGAUGCUACUGGGUCACUUAGAAGAACAAGAUGAAGUCCUCCACUGCCAAUUUUCUGACAACAGUGAUGAUGAAGAAUCUGAAGGCCAAGAGAAAUCUGAAAUUAGAUGUAGAAGUCGCUCAUGGAUUCAAAAGCCAGACUCUGUUUGUUCUCUUGUUGAAUCGAAUGACAUUCAGGAUCAAACACAGAAGUCAAGUUUGGGGAAUGAAGAUUUAAAGAUUGAAUGUCUUCAGGAGAGUCAAGAUAUGAAUUUGCAAAAGUUAAGGAAUUCAGAACUCAUACUUACUGAAGCUAAACAAAAAAUGAGAGAACUUACAAUUAACAUCAAGAUGAAGGAAGAUCUAAUUAAAGAAUUAAUAAAAACAGGUAACGAUGCCAAGUCGGUAAGCAAACAGUAUUCUCUGAAAGUAACCAAACUUGAACACGAAGCAGAACGGGCGAAGGUGGAAUUAACUGAAACAGAGAAGCAGCUGCAAGAGCUAGAAAACAAAGAUCUUUCUGAUGUUGCUUUGAAGGUAAAAUUACAGAAGGAGUUCCGUAAAAAGAUGGAUGCCGCAAAGCUAAGAGUCCAGGUCUUACAGAAGAAGCAACAAAACAGUAAGAAAUUGGCAUCACUGUCGAUCCAAAAUGAGAAACGUGCUACUGAACUAGAGCAGAAUGUAGAUCACAUGAAAUAUCAAAAGGUACAGCUGCAAAAAAGACUUCGAGAAGAAAAUGAAAAAAGGAAGCAACUGGAUGCAGAUAUCAAGCGGGAUCAACAAAAAAUCAAAGAACUAAAGUUAAAAUCGGAACAGGAAGAAGCUCUGAAACUGAGAGCUGAGGAGCUUGAUGCAUUUAAGAUGAAAAAGAGAAAAGGUUCGUUUGGAAGAACAGACCAGCUCCAGAAAAUGGAUGAGCGAAAGAAAUGGCUAGAUGAAGAAGUAGAGAAAGUCCUGAACCAACGUCAAGAACUGGAGCAGCUGGAAGAAGACUUAAAGAAGCGAGAGGCCAUCGUUUGUAAGAAGGAGGCCCUGUUACAGGAGAAGAGCCACCUAGAAAAUAAGAAACUGAGAUCAAGUCAGGUCUUAAGCACAGAUAGUUUGAAAAUAUCAACUCGCCUGAACUUGUUGGACCAAGAGUUGUCUGAAAAGAAUGUAGAGCUUCAACACAGCACAGCUGAGGAGAAAAUAAAGAUUUCAGAACGAGUUCAAGCCCUCCAGAAAGAAAAGGAUCAGCUACAGAGACGAAGGAACAGUGUGGAUGAGAAACUUAAAAAUGGUAGUGUGUUAUCACCUGAAGAAGAACAUGUUCUUUUCCAACUUGAAGAAGGGAUUGAAGCUUUGGAAGCUGCAAUUGAAUACAAGAAUGAAAGUAUUCAGAGUCGCCAGAACUCACUCAGAGCCUCACUCCAAAACCUCUCUCAUAGUGAAGCAAAUGUCUUGGAAAAACUCAUUUGCCUGAGUCCUGUAGAGAUGAGAGCUAUUCUUUUCAGAUAUUUCAAUAAGGUGGUCCAUUUGCGAGAAACCGAACGGAAGCUCCAGUUACAGAAUGAAGAAAUGAAAAUGAAGGUUCUGGAACGGGAUAAUAUGGUUCGUGAACUGGAGUCUGCCCUUGAGCAUUUGAAACUACAGUGUGACCGGAGACUGACCCUUCAGCAGAAGGAGCAUGAGCAAAAGAUGCAGCUGCUGUUACAGCAUUUCCAAGAGCAAGAUGGUGAAGGCCUCGUGGAAAUGUUAAAAACAUAUGAAGAUAAAAUCCAACAGCUGGAAAAAGAUCUUUAUUUCUAUAAGAAAACCAGCAGAGAUCUUAAGAAGAAACUUAAGGAACUGGUAGGGGAAGCAGUUCGGCGGCAGCUAGCAGCAUCUGAACGUAAGACUUUUCAUGUCACUUGUCAUGCUAACGAUCAUGAUGCUGGGGAUAGAGUUCUGAACCCUGAUGAAGCAGGCAUGGUUCCAGAAGAAUUAAAGUGGGCAUCCAGAACUGAAAAUAUGAGAUUAAGUGGAAGAGAAAGAGAACUGGACAAUUCAACAAGCAGUUUAAGAACACAACCAAAUCCUCUGAAACUCUGGGAAGAGGGCCCAGAAUUGCCUUUGAUCUGUAGCUCUUUAGCACCUACUAGUGGACAUUUGUUAAACAAUGAGGAUAAAAUAGAAGGAGAUGAAAAUCAUUUCACAAAAUCUCAUAGCCGACCAUCACCCCAAAUCCAGCUGGUGGGUAAUGUGGGACAGCUUCAUGGUGUCACAUCUGUAAAACUGUGUCGUAAAGAGUUACGUCAGAUUUCUGCCUUGGAACUAUCAUUACGACGUUCCACUCUUGGAGCUGGGGUUGGAUCUAUGACUGCUGAUUCCAUUGAAGUAGCUAGGAAACCGAGUGACUUAAAAACUUAGGCCUUUAGUAACAGAACUUUUAACUUUCAAUAGGAGGUAUUAGAUUCCUUUGUCUAACCUGUUAGAAAUUAAAGCUCUUCCUUCAGGAUAUAGGAAGAAGGGGAGGAAGGAAUCAUCUUGUAUACUAUAGAUGUAUGUAUCUUCUAUGGUAUGUUUGGGAAGUUUUAAUUAUUUGCAGACAAUUAGCAAUAAUUGUAAUUAGCAAAUGAACAUGUUCUCUAAUACUGUCAAGUAAUGGAAAAUUUAAAAUUUUACAUAUUUAAAUAUUUAUUUAUUUGAAUUUAAUUAACUAUUCAAAUUUAAUUUAAAUAAUUAAAUAUUUAAAUUUAUUUCCACUUAAAAAUUUGCUUAAAAUCCAAGCUUAUAUAAAGAAGAAAAAGACUGGAAUAGUAAUAUUGCUGUAUAAUAUAAAAGUAUGUUAUAAUACAUGAAUUACACUUUAUAAGUUUAUAAUAUUGUUAUUCUCAAAUGUAUUUGUUAUUUUGAAGAGUUACAGUUAAAUAUUGCUUGUAUGAGAGAGGGAGUUACAUACAGCCUAUCUUUUGGCACAGCUGAAAAAUCUGUGCCAAAAUACAGUCUGUGGGUUUAAGGCAACUUGACUAGGUUGAUGGGUUGAAGUUAAUUUAUGAUCCUCCGAGUUCAGAGAGCUUGAGUGAUCAAUCUUGACUUUCUAAAGACAGUUCUCUGCUCUUUUUCUAGAAUUGUCUUUAGAAUGUCAUAUUGCUAUUUUGCUUAUAUUAUGAAAUCUAAGUUUUAUCUUGCUCCUACCCUGUAUACUCAACAUGUCUGUCCCUAGGCUAUAAGAUUGGGGGAAAAGGAUUCAGUCCUAUGCCACAGGGAAACAGACAGAAUAACGGUAAAGCAUUUUAGCAUUUCCAGGAAAAGUUAUUUGGUCACACGAGUGUGCCUGUAAAGCUUGAAGUCUCACCAGAGGCUCUUCAGCUAAGAAGCUGAUGGGCCUCAUCAGAGACUUUCCUCUACAGCCUGCUUACUCGGGUCUUGCACACAGGCAGGCCAGACUGCACUGGGGCUGUAAAUAUGUAAAUGAAAUUUUUCAUCAAGAUUUUUUCAGUCUAAAUCUUAUUAUAUAAUAUAAACUUCAGUUUGGAAUUAAGAAUGAAAAUACUGAUUUUCCCAACAAAUACUUAGUACCUUUUCAUCAUACUUUUUAAUCACAGAAAACAUUAUAAUGACCAGAGGUAUUUUGUUGUUAUUUUUGUUACUUUUCGAAAUUUCCAUUUGUAAAAUAAAGUUGUUUCUUAAACUAACUACUGUUUGGGUGGGACAGUGGUCAAGCUGCCCUGACUUAUGGAUGUCUACUCAGUUCUUGCUGACUCCAGUGUUUCUAAGGUGAUGCUGCUACUGAUAUUUUUUUGGUCCUUUUCCUUUGUUGUUAUGACCCUGCCCAUCUUACCAAAGACCCCAACUGUCACUCUGUGCUCACAUACUUAUGGUUUCCUUUUCUGAUUUCUAGUGCCUAGGGAGUAGGCCUCCUUGUUCUCAUUGCUAAAAACCAGUUCCUAGAGAAGAAAACCCAAACAAAACAAACUUCUAAAUCGGCGAAUAGUUCUGUAUCUCUUAAGCAUGGUACUGAAAUUCAUUUAAGUUGUGGGUGAGAUAGACUGCCAUGCACUUAGCUGGGAAUUGAACCACAUUACACAGCAUUGGCCCAGUGAGAAACUGCUUUCAACAGGGAAUUACGAACUAAUUUGGAAAAUACCUUUUUAGCAGAGACUAUUUCAAGUCAGAUUCUGGUUUUAAGCUAGUCUCUUCUUUUUGCCUCAGUUUAUAUGAUAUAUACUUAAUAUAUAUCAUAUGCAAUGUGUGUAUAUACUAUCUAUAGAUAUGACAAAGGUCAGUACCUUAACCAAGUAUAAUGAUAUAUCUAUUAAUGAAGGUCCUAAGUGUAAAUUCCUUAUAAGAUUAAGUAAUAAUUUAGAAUAAGAAUAUAUUCUAACCCUGGAAUCUUAGUUUGCCUCAGAAAUUGGCCCAUACUUGUUUUACCUGUGGAAAUAGAAACAUACUUUCUAAAAGCCAAAGCGCUCGCACUCACAAAGCAAGAAAAUUUAUAUCAAAUCAACAGUGAUUAGAUUUAAUAAUGCAAAUGUGAAUGGACUCCUAAAUAAGAAAGGUACAAUUUUUUUCUUCCUUUUGGUUACACAUAUAUCCAUAUACAAUGAUAGAUUUCAUGUACAUACAGUAACACAUACAUAUAAAUACAAAUAAUGUCCUGAAUAACAAAUACAUUCUGGAAGUGAACCUCUCAUCUUUCUAGUUUAGUGCCCUCACAAAGGAAAGAAAAAUUAAGGCACCCUGCCCAAGUCAAGUAAAAAUUUUUUUUUUACUUAUACUAGUAAUAAAUUUUACUCUGCUUCA